AUGGCAUCCCCCAUGCACGGCCCAAUUCUCCCAACACCCAACGGCCUACGCAGUCCAUCUUCUAUGCAUGGACUGCCGUAUCUUUGCCCACAUGAGAUGCGCCAUGCACGGCCCAAUUCUCCCAACACCCAACGGUCUCUCUUCUCUAGCGAAGGACGGAUAUUUGAAAAGAAUGGCCAGACUCCAGUUACAAUGGCUGAUUUUGGAGUGCAGGCUCUUGUUAGCUUAGAGCUGAGUAAACUGUUCCCUUCUAGUCCCUUGGUUGCUGAAGAGGAUUCUAGUUUUUUACGCUCAAAUAAUCUGGUGGAUUCUGUGGUAAGUGUGGUUACUAAUAAAGCAAGCUCCAAUGAUAAACCACUGAAACAUGAUGAUGUACCGGAAGCAAUUGACAGAGGGGGGAAUAAUGCUAUCGUUUAUGGAACAAAGACUGCCACCUACUGGGUACUAGAUCCAAUUGAUGGCACUAGAGGUUUUGUCAGAGGAAAUGAGGCCCUAUAUGUGGUAGGUUUGGCUCUUGUAGUUGAAGGAGAGAUUGCAUUAGGUGUUAUGGGCUGUCCUAAUUGGCCAGAGGAAGUUUCCAACAAAUCCAUCACUGAGGUUUGCGAAUAUGAAAACCUGCAGUCUGGAUCAGGGAUCCUUAUGGUGGCACAUGUUGGCUGUGGAACAUGGACAAAGAGGCUAUCAAAUGUGCUGGGUAGAUCAGCCAUAGUUUCUGAUGGUUGGACUAAAUGCAUUGUUGAUGGAUGUCGCAUUGUGCCUGAAGCACGCUUUUGUGUUCCAGAGAGUCAAACCUGCGAGUCAUUGCCACUUUCAGCUUUAUUCAAUGCAACAAAUGAUGCUGACAGUAUUGACGAGAAAGAAAUUCUUCUAUUGUCAACAUGCUGCAGAAGUUUAUGCAAGUAUCUAACGGUGGCCUGUGGUAGGGCGUCAGUAUUCAUUCUUCGAGCAAGAACUCAGAGAAUCAUCAAGGUUUGGGAUCAUGCUGUUGGUGUAAUAUGUGUGCAUGAAGCAGGGGGAAAGGUGACUGAUUGGAAAGGGAACCAACUUGAUUUUGCAGCAGAUCAAGUUGAACGCAGGAUUUUAUUUCCAUCUGGCUAGGGUAACCGGCUUCGAACCGGAUUGAAACCGUCAU